AGACAUUAUUAUUCAUUUAUACUACGUACUAUUGUUAAUCAUGUUGAUUAGUUUCUAAUAUCCAAAUCCUAUAAUGGCUAAACCAAUUAAAUGAGUUAUGCAGUUAUAGGCCUAAUUUGUUAAGAUUAAAUUUCAUAAAAAUACAUAAUACCAUUUGCUUAUAGAGAGGCCUUCUAUAAAUACACCAGCAUGGUCAAGUCGUUGAUUACCAGAUAAGUUUCGUAGUUAUCCAAUUUAACUUUCCCUCUACACGACUAUAUAUAAAAUAUACACGUACAACUACAUAUAUAUAUAUAUAUAUAUCAAUCUGCAUCACCAUCGACGCCGUUGUAUUUGGGUUGUUUUCUUGUUGAUCGGAGGCAGCGUUGCUUUUGUUUAUUAGGAGUUAUCUCGGGAAGAUGAAGGAAAACCCAGGAAACCCUCUCCAUCUCACGUCACUGAACCAUGUGUCUCUCUUGUGCCGAUCCAUCGAAGAAUCUAUGAACUUUUACCGAAAGGUGUUAGGGUUCUUCCCUAUUCGAAGACCUGAAUCUUUAAAUUUUGAAGGCGCUUGGUUAUUUGGACAUGGAAUUGGAAUACACCUCUUGCGUGCCCUAGAACCUGAGAAACUUUCAACGAAAAAUGAAAUUAACCCCAAAGAUAAUCAUAUCUCUUUCCAGUGCGAAAGUAUGGGAGCAGUGGAGAAGAAGCUUGAGGAAAUGGAAAUAGACUAUGUGAGGUCUAAAGUAGAAGAAGGAGGGAUCCAAGUGGACCAGCUCUUCUUCCACGACCCUGAUGGUUUCAUGAUCGAGAUCUGCAACUGUGACAGCCUCCCCAUUGUCCCCCUCGUAGGAGGCAUGGUUCGAUCUUGCUCAAGAGUCAAACUCCAUCAGAUGGUGCAGCCACAACCCCAAACUCAGAUCAACCAAGUGGUCCACCCGUAACGAUCUCUGUCUUUGUUGUCAUCCAGUGUGUAUGUAUUGUCUACUUGAUAUUGAAUGUAAUGAAUAAGAGACCGACGUGGAUCAGUGGAAUGUGAAAAGAGCAUAUAUUAAAGAAAAUAUCAUUUUCUCUUUAUUGUU